AACGACUGCGGAGACUCCAGUUUCGUCAAGGUCACAAUGUCCAACAGGCCGCUUGUUGCAGACUGCCAGCAGCUUGUUGCCAAUCUUGCUGGCAACCAAGAGUGGAGGGUCACGACUAGUGGUGUUCAGGUGGCUGUGUAUCAGACUUGCGCUUUCAAUGCCGUGUCCUUUGGUGGCGACUCCAUCAUCGGGAAUGCGGAUGUCAUCGAUCUGAUCAACGAUUCCAUCAGCAAGUUUGAGGAUAAUGGAUACGUCGGUGCGCAGGGC